AAAAAAUUUGCUCCGGCCUUUCCUGGAGCCGUGAUUGCCGCCAUGUGAAACCGGGCUUUUGGCCCCCACAUGGCAGUUGCCCGAUAACGAAAAAGUCACACUCUGGAAUCUUUGCCUUUCUCUUCAUGACUCAUCCCAAUGACACUACUUCCCUACUGCAAUCGCCGCAGGCGGCAGAAAGCAUUCACACUUAUGCCACUAUUGAACAACACACUGAAGAGUCCGGACAUGUAACGAGAACCGCCGUCAUUAAGCAGCGAUGGUUAUGGCAAAGCCGAUCGUAUGUUUGGUCCUUGGCCACGCUUAUCCUCUUAUUCGUGGUAUUUACCUCGCUAGAAUUCGUCAUUCUAAAGUUUAAUUUACCGGAUAUCAAUCCUGAUGAUCGAGAUGCGAUAAAGUUCCCUCGAAGCUUCAAAGAGCUGACCAGACUCAAUCAAGUAUUAUCUGUAUAUAUUGACACCCACUUCAUCAAUGUCUACACUACCUUUUUCAUUACAUACAUUUACCUCCAAAGCUUCUCUAUACCCGGCUCCAUGUGGCUUUCUAUUCUGGGAGGAGCCCUUUUCAAUUUUUGGCUGGCCCUGUUCACCGUGUCUUUGUGCUCCGCCAUUGGUGCUGCGGUGGCCUAUGCAAUUUCCGGUAGUCUUGCGUCGGUGGCGGUGAUGCGCCUCAUUGGCCAUCGAAUAGCUAAAUGGCAAGAACAGCUUGUACGACAUAGACAGCAUAUGUUCAACUACAUCAUUGUGCUCAGGAUCGCUCCUUUUCCGCCAAAUUGGACAGUUAACUUGGGCGCUCCUCAUUUGGCAGUUCCCAUAGGAGCGUUUUUCUGGGGCACGUUCUUUGGUGUCGCUGCGCCAUCGUUUAUCCAUGUGCAAGCAGGCGCUGCGUUGGAUCGUCUUUCGUCUUCGGACGAAUUAAAACUUCUUACUCCGACCAACAUACUAUGCCUUGUCGCUGUAGCGGUGGUGGCCCUCAUCCCCGUGUUAGUGAGAAGGCGAUACUCUAUUGUGAAAUAAAAAGAAAAAUGUCGGCUUUCUCAUAC